AUGUCAGAUAUCAUGAAAGAUAUGGACACUUUAGAACAUUCUAAAAAGGGUUCACCACCACCCCAGCUCUUGAUAUGGGGUUGUAGUGAUUUUGGACAAAAUGGCCAUGGUAGGAAAGAAAAUGUGUCAUUUGAAGACAGCAGUUUGGAUUUUAUUGAUGGUUUGAAAGUGAAAUUUAUGGAUUGUGGUUCUAGUCAUACAGUCAUUGUAACAGAUGACGAUAAAAUCUACAGUUGGGGUAAUAACAGUAGUGGGCAACUUGGUAUUGGUAGUACCCAGUCAUCUUUUAGACCAGUUCAGGUUCAUUUACAGAUAGAUGAUCCUAUAGCAGGACUGAGCUGUGGUUACAGACACACCAUGAUUUGGUGUGAUUCUGGCCGUGUUUAUAGUUUUGGAAACAAUUUCUUUGCCCAACUUGGAUAUGAUUUUGAGGAUGAAAGAUACAAAGAAAAUCAGCUCUAUCCUCAUCUAAUGAUGUUUAUGUCUCAUCAAACAGUGAAACAAGUAUCUUGUGGUGAUAAACAUUCGUUAUUUCUGCUGGACAAUGGAUCAGUUACAGUUUUAGGUUCUAAUACAAAUGGACAGCUGGGAACUGGUGAUAAUUUAGAAGCUGUGGUACCUAGAUUGUUAGAUCUUCAAGACAAUGUUAAAUCUAUUUCAUCUGGUGCUAAUCAUAAUUUAGCUAUUACAGAUUCAAAGAUUAAAUAUGAAUACCAUAUAGCUCCCAUUACUACAUUACCAGCAAAUGUAAGCUAA